GGAGAUUAGACAUUUGCAGCUCAAAAGAUAAAUCUCUCGCUCUCAACCUUUAAAAUGAGUAGAAAAUAGAGAGAGAGAGAGAGAUUGAAAGGAAUAAGAGGGAAAGAAAAACCUCAGCUCAAAUCACACCCACUUGAUUGUGACCCCUUCCAUCACCCUUUUAAGCUCAUUCCUCCUCUUCUUCUCCACUCUUCUUCUCCUUCUCCUCCAUUUUUUUCACCCAAUUGGGCGGCGGCUGGCAUUGCGAGGCAUGGGAAGACACUCCUGCUGCCAUAAGCAGAAGCUAAGGAAAGGCUUGUGGUCUCCGGAAGAGGAUGAGAAGCUUCUGAAGCACAUCACUAAGUAUGGCCAUGGCUGCUGGAGCUCCGUCCCCAAGCUGGCAGGUCUGCAGAGAUGUGGAAAGAGCUGUAGGUUGAGGUGGAUAAAUUACCUGAGGCCUGAUCUUAAAAGAGGCACAUUUUCGCAGCAAGAGGAGAACCUCAUCAUUGAGCUCCAUGCGGUUCUUGGAAACAGAUGGUCUCAGAUUGCAGCACAGUUGCCUGGCAGAACAGACAAUGAGAUAAAAAACUUAUGGAACUCCUGCAUCAAGAAGAAGCUGAGGCAGAGAGGCAUUGAUCCCAACACCCACAAAUCUCUCUCAGAGGCCGAAAAUCCUGAAGAGAAUAAGGUUUCUACCAGCAGCGAAAGAAAUUCCAUACUUUAUACUGGCGAAAGCCUUCAGCAGACAGUGCUACAACCUGCUUCAUCGCUGAUGCAAUCAGCCGAACAAAAUUCCAUUUCAGCUAAGGAAUUCAUCAUCGAUAAUCCCACCGCCUGCCUCCGCUCAUCUUCAAACUCCAUAUCUUGCUUCCCUCUCCCUCAACUUAACUAUAGUACCAGUGCCUCAGCUAGCCUGCCAUUUAAUCAAAAUCCUUUCCUCUGGUUCAACCAGAACUGCAGGGUGUUUGAUAUGAAUCCAGAAUUGAGCUGCUCUUCCAUAUCCACAGUAAUCUCGAACUCAAUUAUGUCGAAUUCAAUGGACCUGAAGUCUCCUGUUGAUCUUUCUUCACCCUGCUUUCCUCCACCUUGUACUGGAGCUCCAAUUUUCCCUUAUCUUGAAGCUGGUAAUCCAAGCAGAUGCAGCAGUGGGAGCAGCAGCAGUAGCUCCAUCUUCGACAGUGGCUUACUGUCAUGGCCAGAUUUAUCGACAGAGAAAGAAACUCAUUUUCAUCUGCAAGGCGACCCGGAAGACCUCAAAUGGUCCGAGUACCUCCAGGGAAAUUUCCCUGUUUCUUCAAUUCUCCAGACCCAAAACCAGCCAUUAUACGGCAGCAGCGAUGCAAUCUCCCAAAGCCAUUUCGAGAUCGAAAAUUCAAAUCUUUGGCAUCAAAAUCAGCAGCCACAGCAUCACCAGAACCAGCCGCAGCAGCCGCCGCCGCAGACUGCAGACUUGUAUGGUAAGGAAUUUCAGAGGUUUUCUACAUUGUUUGGUCAGAUAUAGAUUAUAUAUAGAAAAUCAAAAACCUUUUUAAACAGAGUUUUCAAUUCGGUCAAUGCACGAGUUCAUGAGUAUAAGAUAAUAAGAAGGCUUGUUGUUGUUAUGAUUCUUGAAUGCGUGUGUGUCAUAAUGAUUUUUCUCAUGUAUAUAGUCCUUAUGAUACUGAAAACAACUCUUUAUCUAUUGUUUGAUUUCUAUGAUUUCCGCAGUAAUAGUGUGAAACAUUGCAGAAUAAAAUUUCUUCAAAUU